AAUCUGUUAUUGUGGUUGGCGUCGUCGUCGUCAAAGGGGAUUACAUGUUGAUGCACCCCAGAUGGAGAAGUUCCUGCAAGAGAUGGCGAAGGAGAAGCCGGUGAGAUUCACUGCUCAGCAGCUCCGUGAAUUCACGAGUAAUUACUCGACCAGGUUGGGAUCUGGGGGUUUUGGAGUGGUCUAUGAGGGGCAGUUUUCGGAUGGGGUCAAGAUCGCAGUGAAGGUGCUUGAGAAAAGUUCUGAGAAAGCGGUAGGGGAGCAGUUCAUGGCAGAGGUAGGCACAAUUGGAAGAACAUACCAUAUUAAUUUGGUUAGACUUUAUGGUUUUUGCUAUGAUCAAAAUAUGAGUGCGCUUGUAUAUGAAUUCAUGGAAAAUGGAUCACUUGAUAAAUACUUGUUUAAGGAGACGCGAAAGAUUGAGUGGGAAAAAUUACAUGAAGUCGCAAUAGGGACAGCCAAGGGUAUUGCUUAUUUGCAUGAAGAAUGUCAACAGAGAAUCAUACACUAUGAUAUAAAGCCUGCAAACGUACUCCUUGAUGCAAAUUUUUUCCCUAAAGUUGCUGACUUUGGGCUCGCAAAGCUCUGCAAUAGGGAUCUUUCUUACAUGUCAAACACUGGGUAUCGAGGAACUCCUGGUUAUUCUGCUCCAGAAUGCUUUAUGAAGAAUCUUCCUGUAACAUACAAAUGUGAUGUAUACAGUUUUGGAAUGGUAUUGUUUGAGAUUGUUGGGAGGAGAAGAAACACAGUUGUGGGUUCCUAUGAAACUCUUGAUUGGUUUCCUAAACAUGUAUGGGAGAGUUACGAGAAAGGUGAAUUGGUUGAGAUGAUAAAGACUUGUGGGAUUAAAGAUGAGGAUCAGGAAAAAGCAGAGAGAAUGUCAAUAGUGGCAUUAUGGUGUGUUCAAGACUCACCAGAGGUAAGGCCACCAAUGAGUGCAGUGGUGAAGAUGCUAGAAGGCGGUGUGGAGAUCAUGUCACCUCCUAGACCCUUUAAUUAUAUGUACUCAGUAGGGAUGAAUGCAGCCCAGCCACCAAUGAUUUCCACUAGUUCGAGUUUCUUCUCAAGUGAAGAAAACAAAUCUUAUUGGUAUAAAGAGACCACACCUAUAGAGAAGGAUGAAAUACAAAUCAUCACUCAUUGACAAUACUAAAAUCUAAGUUCCAAAAAGUUUAUUCAUGUUUUGUUUUAAUAGAUUGCUAUUAUGUAAAGUUUCUGUUGGGGCUAUGGCAUGAAAGCUGCAAAUGGAAGGAAAAUAAAAUGCAAAUGCAAUGAUACAAGGGCUGCUCUAAAUUAUGUGUUGCAACAUGAUAGCAUAGUAGUGGGCUAGCAAUAAAUUGUCUAAAUUUCA